UGAUAUUCUUCGUUGGGUUUAUGAAAAUACUCAACAAUCAACUUGGGAUGGUUUACAUCAUUGGGCUUCACAAAGUUUAAGUUAUCAAAGAAAAGUUUCUGCAUUUCAACGUAUUAAUUGGAAUGAUGAUCAACAAGUAUUUACUGAUGGGUGGAUGAAGGAUUUAGCCAAUGAAUGUUCAGAACCUGAAGUAAUUGAACUGACAAAGAUGUAUGGAGCUUCGAAAGCAAUGCAAACAUUAGUCGAGAUUCAUCAUAAUCGAUAUGAACAAACUUCUCACGAUAUAUGGAAAGAAAUGAAAGAUGCAGUAUUAGAACGAUUAGAAGAUUAUGCUGGAGCAAAACAACGUUUAUCACAACUAUUGGAUGAAGAACAACAACGAGAGUUAGAACAAGAAUUAGAAGAAGAACGUCAACUUGAACGCCCACCACCUGUCAAACCAUGUCAACCUAUACUUCAUGAAGAAAUAAAACAAUUAUAUGAUAUGCAAAGUAUUAUGAUGAAUCUAACACAAUAUCCUCGUGUAUUUCGUCGUUUACCUUAUGCUUUCAUUGGCACAACAUUUGCCAAUGAUUGUCAAGCCGAGCAUUGGCAAGAAAAUUUUUGGAUUUCAACUGAAUUUCAACGUGUAAUUGAGACUAAAGGAGAAUCAUUAGAAUCAUUUUUACGUCCCCCACGAUGGAUUAUUAUCUAUCGUAACCAACAAUUAAUUUUACUUAGUGCUUUAGAAGCCAAUUGGUUGAUAGCGCGUUUAAACUCUCUUUAUCACAAAGGAGAAACUGAAAACCCAUCAACUACUACAUUACGAUUAUUAUUACCACGUAUCAAACGAGUUCAAUCAAUAUUUGUCAAUACACCAACACUCAUUAUUCCUCCGUUAAUUCGACAUUCCAUUGAUAUUGUUCCUUUCUUUAUAUCGCUUCAAUGGUUGGUUCAAUUAUUUAUUUUUAAUGGUACACUUUAUUUUGAAACGGUUGAUGAGCAAACAGCUUAUUGCCAAUGCUUGAGUUUAUGUCCGAAACCUCGAACGAAGGAAGAAGAAGAAGCUUUUAAAAAUGGUUGGAUCGCUGUUGAUGGCUUUGUUAGUAAUAGCGAACAUCGUUAUGCUUUGAUGUUACAUGAAGUUCAAUUCCAUAAUAAUCUAUUGGCAUUUGUCAAGCAAAUUAUUGAAAAUCGAAAUAACUCACAUGCACCUAUGACGUCACAUGUUGGUAGUAUUAUUCUUAAUUCACUAAAACUUAUUUAA